AUGUGGACCGAGGUGGCCGCCUCGCCAUCAGGUGCCUGGCAGAGGCUCCACAAAGUCAACCAAGACCUCCAAAGCGAGCUGGAAGCCCAAUGCCAGCGUCAAGAGGUGAUCAAUCAGCAGAUUCAGUCGUUGAAGCGCAGCUACGCCGAGGCCAAGGAUGUGAUCCGGCACCACGAAGCCGAGAUUCAGAGCCUGCAGGCGAGGCUCAGCAAUGCGGCGGCUGAGCUCUCCAUCAAGGAGCAGACCUUGGCCAAGCUCAAGAGCGACCUGAGGAGCGAGAAGGAGAAAGCCAAAGAGCAGCUGGAGGAGUGGCAGCACGGUGAGGCUGCGCUCAGCUCCCAGCUGAAGGCCAGCGAGCAGAAGCUGAAGAGCGCAGAGAGGGACCAUCAGAAGGAAGUGCAGCGGCUCCAGGACAGGAUAGCAGAUCUCAGUGGGCAGCUGAAUGCCAGCGAGCAAGCACGGGUCCUCAUGGAGGAGAAGCUGCAGAGGAACUAUGAGGCUUUGCUGGAGAGCUGCGAGAGGGAAAAGCAGGUUUUAAUACGGAGUCUGAAGGAGGUGGAGGAUAAGGCCAACGAGUAUGAGAACCAGCUGCAAAACAGUGAGCAGCAAAUUGAGAUUCUGCAGAAGGAGAAGUUGAGCGCCAAGUUUGAAGGCAGUGAGCUGGUCCACCAGCUGGAGGAGCAGCUGGUGAUGAAGGAGGCCAGCAUCCAGAAACUCGCCGAGCACAUCAAGGAGCUCGAAAGAGAGAGGGAUCAGAUCAAAUGUCGGUUCCAGGAGCUCAUGAAUCAGGUUGCUGAAUCAGAUAACGAAGUUGCAAAGCUACAAGCAAAGUUGAAAAUGGAAGAGACUAACUACCACAAUCUGGAACAAUCGUUCGAGGAGGUGUCGGAUCAGUUCCGGGGUGUGCAGGAGGUGCUGAAAGAGAAAGAAGAAGAGCUGAGACACGUUAAGGAAAUGCACUUGAGAAUUGUGGAGAAGAAAGAUCAAGAUCUCAGUGAGGCUUUGGUUAAAAUGGUUGCUUUAGAUAGCAGUUUAGAGGAGACUAAAGUAAAGCUAAAGGCCAAGGAGGAGGCUUUAAAGAAAUUAGCUAGUGUGGGCACAGGUCCCUGUGCUGAGGAGGUAGAAGACCUUGGCCCCAGCCUUGAGGCUGACGAAAGUCAUUCGUCCCAACUGGGGCAGGCUCUGCAAACUCAGGAUGUCCUCCCAGCUCUGACUUACGCACUGAAGGAGGAGGAGGAUGAGGUGCUUGAGACCAACCAGAGGCAAGCAGAGGAAUUCGGUUCCCCAUCCAAAGCUGUAGAGCUUCAGGACCAAGAGUUGAUUCAAAAAGCCUUAGCAAAGCCUGACGUAGGAAUCAUGGGGGCCAAGAGGCAAAGGAUCCGUUUCUCAAGCAUCCAGUGCCAAAAAUACAUCCAUCCAGAUGGAUCAGAGAAAAACUGGACAAGCAGUACCUCUUCAGACACGAGCCAGGACAGAUCGCUGUCUGAGGAAAGCAUGUCCUCAGAGCCAGCUCUGGGUUACCCCUCAUCGGGGGCAGGUGACUCUGAGACUUACCUCUCCAUCAUCCAUUCUCUGGAAACCAAACUGUAUAUUACAGAGGAAAAACUCAAAGAUGUAACGAUGAAGCUUGAAAGCCAACACGGCCAUAACCAGGAGACACUCAUUGCCCUCCACCAGCAGUGGGCCAGCACAGAGUCCCAGCUGCGGGAACAGCUUCAGACCAGCCUGUCCCAAGUCAAUGCUUUGAUCUCGCAGCUGGAGAGCGAGAGGCAGGAAAAGUUCAAGCUCAUAGAAAGUCACGUCAGCGAGCUGGGAGGAGAGUUUUUGGGAGAAGAGGAGCAAGUCUCCAAGGAGCAGCAAGUGGAAGUGUUUGAUGCCAGCCAGCUGAGAUGGCUUUCUGAGAGAGUGGCAUUUGAGGCCUCUCUCAUCAACCAAAUAGCAGAGUCUUUGAAAAAUGCAAGCUCUGAGAUAGCCCAGCUUCUAAGAGAGAUCCAGGGAACAGCUGAGGUGGCUUUAUUGGAACCAGAAGAUCUUGCCCAGCAACUAAAGGACAAAUCCAAUGUUCUGAAGGAGAUAUCUGUUGCCUUACUCUCUCUGCCUCCCGAGGAGGCUAUGAGAGACUGUCAGAAGCUCCUGAAGAUAUCCCAGAGUCUUUCCUAUCAUUCAUGUAUGGGGGACCUGGAGCGGUAUUCCACUUUGUUAGUCCGUGAUGCAAUUGUUCAAGCUCAGGUUUGUUACGCUGCUUGCAAAGUCCGACUGGAGCACGAGAGGGAGAUGAAGUCCUACAAGGAGUCCUUGCAGAGCAUGGAUGCACUUUGCCAAGAGCGCGUGAAGACGGUCUCUCUCCUUCGGGAUGAGUAUGAAGACUUGCUCAGGAAGCAGCAGGGUGAGUACAGCGAGGUGAUCGCCGUGCUGGAAAGGGAGAACGCUGAUCUCAAAGCACAGGUGUCCCAGCUGGAAAGCCAGCGAAGGCUCUUGGAAGAGGAAGAGCACAAACACAGCAAGAGCUUGAGUGAGCUACAGGGACGGUACGAGGAGGAGAUCCGAAACGUGAUAGAGCAGCUCAACAGGACUGAGGAUGCUCUGAAGGCUGAGAGGACAGAGGGCCUCAACCAGCUGGAUGCCAUUGUCCGUGACAAGCAGAACAUGGAGCGAUAUCAUGUGGAGCAGAUGCAAACGCUGGAGGAGAGGUUCCAGGCCAAGAUCAAGGAGCUGCAGGUCAUCCACGGCGAGGAGCUGCAGGCGCUGCAGGAGCACUACAGCCAGAACCUGCAGCGCCUGCAGGAGACCCUGGAUGAGUACCAGAAGCAGCACCCAGAGUCGUCUCCCGCGGCGGGCGCUGGGGACACCUGGGUGGCCAGAGAGGCUGGAGGCACCGGGCAGGACCCUGGCAGUGACCUGGACUCCAUGCACGGCCUGAGGGAACGCAUCCAGGAGCUGGAGGCCCAGAUGAACGUCAUGAGGGACGAGCUGGAGAACAAACACCUGGAGGGGAACGCUUCCACCUUGAGGGAAAAAUACCAGAAAGACUUUGAAAACUUAAAGGUCUUGAUACGUUUAAAUCUUUAUGCUUUCUGCUGCUGA